UGGUAGCUGCAGCUUGUACACAUGCAGACAAGGUGGUGCCUACCUUUCAUGUGGAAAGCUGCCUUACAAAAACAGGUUGUAUUUUCCAUUAUCCCAGAGUUUUUCUAGCCUCAUACAGGCUUUGGUGGAUGCUCCAUAACCUAAACUCCAUUUGCUCUCUAUGAAAUAUGUUUAGGUUAUUAUCUUAUUUCUCUUCAAGUGAAAGGAAGGUGUGUCUCCAGUGCACUCAUUUUAAAUAAUAAUUUAUGAACUUCAGGAGAUCUGCAGAAACCAGCCUUGUGAAAUGUAUUUUUUUGGACACAGAAGUCUAUCUGCCUUACAGCAUCUGUGCAUGGUGUGGUGUUAAUAUCUGUAAGACAGAAAAAACAGUGAGGAGGCAAGCUAGUUCAAAAAGUGGACAAAUUGAGAAGAAACUUUUGUUUCCAUCUCCUUCCUUUUCUUCUUGCUUUGUGCUGCUGCUGGAACAAGAAUGGGUCAGCUGUGUGGACGAUGCAUGCAACUCCUGCGGGACUUCAUAGGCUUUGUUCAGAGGAUGUCCUCUGACUUGGUGCAAGGCAUCAAGGAAUGCUUAACUCUGAUAAGCAAUUGCUCCUGCUUAAAACAGAACAGCUCUAAAAACAGACAGCUGUACAAGCCCAUCCUACAGCCUCAUGAGAGAGUGACCGCACAGGAGUUUCUGCAGCAUAUUGAAACAGAUUUUGAAAUGUCUCCACUGGGAAAGGACCCUCUGGAAGCCUUGAGGACCUUAUCCUUUUCAGAAAACCCAGGUUUACAGCAGUCAGCUGCCCUCUAUUACUUGCAUAUGAGUCAGCACAUGAACAUCCGCCUGCCUGUGGAGCAUCUGGAACCCUUCUAUGCCUUACUACGUUCUGCUGACCUGGAGGUGCAGCAGAUGUCUUCCUUGUCCCUUGUCAACUUCCUGCUGGAAGGAAAUAUUGACAAAGAAUUAGUUGUCCAAAUGGGUUUACUUGAGCCAAUUCUGGAUCUGCUUGAAUCAGAGGAUCCCACUGUCCAGUGUAAUUCCUGUGCCUGCAUCAUGACUCUGGCUGUUUCAGAGUCCAACCGAGAGGCUAUUGGUGCUGCUAGAGGAGUUACACCCCUACUGUCUCUUGCCAAUUCCUAUGAUCCCAGAGUCCAACAAAAUGCAGUUGGUGCUAUUCUGAACCUUACACAAUCAGAGAAAAUCCAACAAGUCCUAUGCAAGGAAGGAGCCCUACCAGUUCUUGCCUUGCUGCUGGAAUCUCCUGACUCAGAAGUCCAGUACUACAGCUGUGCUGCCCUGAGCAAUGUGGCAGCCAAUGUUCAGCACCACAAAGCCUUGCUGGGACCCAGUGACAGAUUCCUGCUGUGGACACUGAUCUCUCUCCUAUCCUCUUCUGUGGACAAGGUUUCAAGCCAGGCAUGUGUUUGCCUAAGAAAUUUGGCUACCAGUGUGGACAUCCAGGCUGAGAUGGUUGCUGAGAACGUCCUGCCCAAGCUGUGCUCUCUCCUGGCCUCUGGAAGUGAGGAUGUGCGUCAUGCCUCCAUUGCUCUGCUCUGGAUACUCUCCCAGCACCUGCCCAACCAGGACACUCUGGCAUGUGCUGAGCUACUGCAGAGCCUGGGGACAUUACUGGCAGCACACAAAACUGACCCUGUGAUUGUUGGACAUACUGCUUGCAUCAUCAAAAACCUGUGCCUUUCCAAAAACAGACAGAGAAUAACUGAGAGCCGCUGUGUUGAAGGUCUCCUCCAGACCAUGCUACUGACCGACACUCAGGAAGACUCCCUUCGUUACGUGACAUCCUGCCUUGCUGAGCUAGCAAAGCAAGAAGGAGCCAUGUUACACAUGGUCCAGUGGAUGGAUGAACCUUUGACAAAGUGCUUGGUGAGACUGGCUGGCCAACUGGAACAUCCUGAGCCAUCCUUUCAUGCUGCCUCCAUCAUCCAGCACAUGAUCGGUCACGAAAAAAUGAUGCUUUUGUGGAAGUAUCACAUUGGAGAGAUUCAAGCCUACCUCAAGAAUUUUCUUACCCACCAAGAGGUCCGUUUUCAGCAGCUGGGCAUCUCCACACUCUGCAGACUACGAGCAGAUCCAGACUUUUCAUUAGCAUUCAGAAAAAGCCAAAUGGCCAAACUCCUUGAGCAAGUCCGUCAGCAAACAGAAGAAACUCAAGAGCUCCUUAGAGCAGCUAUGUGCCUUGAAGACAGUUAAUAUUUAAGCCAAAUGGUUUAUGAAAACUUACCAAAUCCAAGGGCCUGACCUUUCAGAGGAAACGACUCUUUUCCUUGGUUCCCGUAAUUUUCCUGCUCUUGCAGUUUCGUCAUACAAGAGAGAUGUCCCGAUAACAAGAAUUGGAGCAGGUCAAAACACAAUUCCUUGCACCCUUUGGCUGGCUGCUUAAGUGCGCUUCAGGACAUGGCUACAUGUUGAAAAACACCUGCUAUGCUUGGUUAACCUUCCAUGGCUUGUUUUUGGUUUCCUCACCGUCCCCUUCAGAAAAACCAGCACUGUAUUAAUGAGGUUUUAUUCAUGCAACAGGCUGAUUCCACUGAUGAGGCAUCUCUCAAGUACGCAGGUCUGCAUUCAUCUCUAUUCCGUUUCUGUUCCAUAUCCUGCAUUUCAGAGCACACUCCAAGGACUUUAGAAAAUAAUUGAAACAACCCACACUAAAAAGGUAGAAAACUACAAACAGGUUACUACAGAAAGUAACUGCUGAGGGACAAUUCUCAAAGUACAAGAAAUUUGUAAGAACAAGAAUGGGUGAAGUCUUUACAGCUGAUCCUUGUCACCACUAUAGGCACUACUCUCCAGCAGAAGAAGAAAGGCACGUUAAGGCAAACGUUGCAUAGAGCAAGUACAGAACACAGCAGGAACCAUGAAUAAUUUGGGUGAGAUGUGUUCAAGUACAGAACUGUGUUCUGCAAAUGUUAUUUCCAAAGCUACUCGCAACAAGAGAUGAGUGAAAAUAUUUGGCAAAAUUAGGAAUCUUUGUUAUAUUUUGAUAUUGAUACUUCAUUUUAAAUGGAGUUAAAGAACAAUAAAAAGGUAUUUGUGUUUAAAUUCAA